GGAGGAGCUGAUUCGCGACAAGGACGCUGCCCUUCGGGAGGUGUGCAAGUUGGAGGAUGCCCUUCGGCAAGCGGAGCUGCGGCUGAAGGAGGCCAGAGAAGACGGGAAGGCCGAGGGCAGGGCUGAGGCCGAGAGGGUUGCGGCCGAGGAGAGAAAACAAGCUGCCGAGGACGCCGAGAAGGCCAAAGCUGAAGCUGCUGCCAAAGCCCGAGAAGAGGCCAUUGCUGGGUUCACCUCCGAGGGCUGGAAAGCCGAGGGCCAGAGCGAGUGGGUGGCUUCUGUGGUGAAGGCCUCGAUCGAGGAGUGGGUGAGGGGCCCCGGGCUCGACUGGAUGAAUGAGAGGGGU